AUGGCGGCGCCGCAGCCGCAGAAGACGGCGUCGACGCUCAGGUUGGCGAUCGCCCGUGGCGCGCACCAGCUCGACAUCAUCGGGUAUAGCACGUGGCGCAUGCUCGGUGCCCACAACACAGUUAGGUCCCGCAGCUUUGACGCCGGCGGCUUCGCCUGGGCCCUGGUCUGCUACUUCGUGUCAAAUACCACGACAACGCGAGGCGUCACCCUGGCGUCCAUAGCCCUGGCCCUGGAGCUGUUGAGGAACGAGACCGACGAGGCGGUCGUCGCCACGGCCAGCAUCAGGAUUGACGAACCCACCGGCGCCGGCCGCUGGCCCGCAGCCGAGUGGCACAGCGCCGAGCCCCACGUCUUUCCGGCAUGGUCCAUGAGUGCCGUCGCCUGGGAGCUUGCCGUCCCCGACGCGUUCGUGCAGCACAAGAAGCGCUACGUCAUGGACGACUGCCUCACCGUGCACUGCUCCGUCGAGGUCCUCAAGGAGGAGUCCGCGGACGGGGCCACAAGGAAGUACAUGGUCGGCAUGCCCCCUCCGCCGAGCCUCUCCCACGACAUCCACAGGCUACGGCAGGACAUGUGGUGGCCUGAUGUCACGUUCACCGUCGACGACGCCAAGGUCCAGGCGCACAAGCUCGUGCUCGCCGCCCGGUCACGGGUCUUUGACGCCCAGUUCUUCUACGGCGACAGAUUAACACGAUUUCUGACAGGGCUGGCCCACCCGUCAGGUGCCACGUGGGCGAGGCCAGACGGCGAGUGGGUUGACGGCCGUUAG